AAAUAAAAUGUUUGAUACAAAAAAUUGUUUAGUGUGCGGUGAAAAUGAUCCUGAGAUUUUGGGCAUCAAUUUCUGUGCCCUAACCUGUCAAUCAUGUAAGGCAUUCUUCAGGCGCAACGCCAGCAAACUAAUGACCCGAAAAUGUCGUUUCGGCGACAACUGUCAGAUCACUGUUAAGUCGCGAAAGUUUUGCAAAAAGUGUCGACUAAGCAAAUGUUUGGCCGUCGGUAUGAAUAAAGAUUGGAUUCUUAGCGAAGAAGAAAAACACGUCCGAAGACUACGAAUGUUAGAUAAUCGCAAACGACGUCAAAGAAUUACCGAUCAAAACACGGCCGCAGAUUCUGACGACAGACCGCCGAUGACUACUACGACUACUACUACUACUUGUUUGUCACCCGAUUCUACCCGAACUACUGCCACAACUAAUAGCGGCGGCGAAUCUGCGGACAGUUUGCUUAGUUUUGAUGAUUUAUUGAGCAGUGAUUGUUCGACAAAAAGUCCAGAUUAUUGCCGCCGCACCGGUACCACAGAUGUCAUACAAAUGUCGGCCAAUUAUGACAAACCUAAAAACGCUAAAACCUAUCGCCUGAUGGCUAUCGAAGUGGAACUCAUGUUAUAUUCAAUACCGAAACCUAUUGCCGACGACAAUAGUUUGACUGAUGUCGAGACCAGUCUAAUGUGUGAACUGUUUGGCGCCCUAUCCGUGGAUAAGUCGUCGUCGUCGUCUGAUUUGAGUUAUGCCAUACCAUUGAAUACGAUUGAAGAGUUGUACGAGUUUUGUGGCCACAAAUUUGACGAUUUUCUAGCAAACAUUGUACGCAUUGCUAGACAUCUCCGACCGUUUGCCAAUGUCUGCGACAACGAUCAGUUAGCACUCGUUAAAUAUGGUUGUCUUGAGAUACAGAUGCUCAGGGCUUGGCUCUGGUAUGACAAAUGGACCCAUUGUUGGACUAUUGAAAAGGAUAAUAACAAUGGCAUUAUGUUCCCAAUUGAUCUGCUCAAGGGAUCAAAUAACAACUUAUUAUAUAUUGAACUAAAUAAUUAUAUCAACAAAAUUAUUGAUGAUUUUGAUAUUUGUGUUUUAAAUCUGUUAGUAGCAAUUGUUUUGUUUAAUCCGGAUCGACCUAACCUUAUAUAUCCUGAUAUUGUUAAAGUUCAACAACAACUAUACCUGUAUUUAUUGCACCGGUAUAUGAAUUGCAAGUAUAGUUCCUCACCACCAUUUGAGGCUAAAUCCAAAUUUUUAGUCGCAUUGAAUUUGUUGGAAACUAUCGAAACGUUGAAUGAGAUUCAUAGAGAAAAUCUAAUACAAAUCAAUCGGUCAAACAAUGGACCACUACUUCGGGAGAUACUUGAUAUCAAUAGUACUAAUGAUAUACCAGUCUAUAGUAUUAGUUAACAUAUUGUUAUU